CAUGCGUUGCCUACCACCACCUUCCAUUCCAUCCACGGCUGCUUUGAUAGCCCCCGAAACCUCAGAAUACUCCCGGUCCCGGCCCGGUGUCAAACACUCGGCACACGCCUGCCUGCCAUCCGCCGCUCCUUCGGCACAGUCGCGCUCGCGCAGAUGUAAAACGUGCCAACCCUGCGUCAAAGAUCCACCCAGAUGCAGGAACUGAACUAGGCGGGUCUGGGAUCGGCAAGAAAGAGAGAGGGGCAAGCAAGUAUUUCGCCCAACUCACGAGUCACGACGUGGGAUGAUUCGCUCCACAGCAGACAGACCGGCGGCAGAAGUGGUGCCGUUUCCCCAAAUCUGUGCCUCUGCGUGCGUGCUUCGCGAGGAGCGAUGGAGACGCGGCAGCUGCUCCUCGUGUUCUGCCUCCUCGGCGCCGGCAUGGCCGUCGUCGUGGACGCGCAGGCGCAGUCGGCGCCGGCGCCGCCGCCUCGGCAGACGCCUUCUGCGCCGCCGCAACAGACGCAGUUCGGCCGCACCAUGUCGACCUUCAUCACGGUGGCCAUCAGCGUCUUCUUCUUCUUGCUCUUCGUCUGCGCGUACAUCAACCAGUGCCGCCUAGCGGACCCCGGGGCGGCGGCGGCGGCAGCGGCAGCGGCAGCGGCAGCCGGCGGCGGGGGCGGGGGCCCGUCCAGGAGGGGGAAGCGCGGGCUGGACCCCGCGGUCGUCGCCACGUUCCCGAUUGUGUCGUACAGGGAGGUCGUGGAGCACAAGAUCGGCAAGGGCGUGCUGGAGUGCGCGGUGUGCCUGACGGCGUUCGAGGACGACGACGACCUCCGCCUGCUGCCGCACUGCUCCCACGCGUUCCACCCGGAGUGCAUCGACCCCUGGCUGCAGUCGCGGGUCACGUGCCCGCUCUGCCGCGCGAACCUCGAGAAGCCGGCGCCGGCGCCGGCGGUGGCGCCCCCGUCGCCUUCGCCGCGGCUAGCGCCGCGCCAGCCUUCGCCGCCGCCGGAGGCCGUGGCGAUACCGGUGUCGGACGACGGAUCGGAGGGGGGCAGCAGCAGCUGCGAGGACGACAGGAAGGAGGAGGCCGUCGAGCUGGAGACGCUGCGCAGCGCGCGGCGCGCCGCCAGGAUGCCGCGGUCGCACUCGACGGGGCACUCGCUGUUCGCGGCGGCGGCGGCCGCCGCCGCCGCGGAGGAAGGCGACCACGAGAGGUUCACGCUGCGGCUGCCGGAGCACGUGCGGGAGCAGGUGCUCCGGUCUCGCCGCCUGCGCCACGCCACCAGCCUGCUCAACCUCUCGGACAUGAGUUCCGAGGGGAGCUCCCGAGGCGGAAGGGGCGUAGCAGGAGCAGGAAGCUUUGGCAACGGCGGGGGGAGCAGCCACGGCGGGCGCCGGUGGCAAUCGUUCCUGGCCAGGACGGUCUCCUGGGCGCGAGGCGGCGGCGACGGCUCGGUGCGGAGAGGCUGGGACGGGUCCACGAGGAGGGGGAGGGACGGCGGUGAGUCAAGCUGGAAGGGCGUGGCGUCGCCGCCGCCGACGGGCCGGCCGUGAUCGAGGCCGCGGCUGGAACUGGCAUGCUGCGGCCCCGUAAAGUUUGACGAGCUGUGCCUUUUCUUUUCUUUUUUCUUUUGCUGUAUUUGUUUAUUGUUAGGAGCAUUUCGUGAUAUAUAGCUGCCAGAUUUUCGCGACACUUUAUUUAUCUAUCUAGCUUUUAUUCUAGUACCUUUCUGCAAAGAUUGAUUCGUCUGGUCCGUAGAUUUUGAUUUUGUGGGAUUGAUGAUUACUGACGAUAAGAGAAGAACUCACUUUGGUCUC